AUGUUCGAGGUGCAACUUGUGCGGCAACGAAGAGCGGGCCGCGGACUCCAGGCACUUCGUCGACGCUUUUCUUUGGCCGUGAGCGGUCUAUGCUUGACGAUUACUGCGGGUUCGUCGUCACCAAGCUCUGCGGCUGUGUUCAGCAUCUCGCGUGACCGUAUUAAAAGCGUACGGGUGCGAGGAAGGUUGCUGCGUGUUGUGAUGGCCAACAACGACGCUCUUACAGUUCGUCUACGUGACCAGGAGGAGACGCUACGGGCUGCCGGGGUCAUGAUGGAGACCUGGGGCGUCGACCCGCUUGUUGAGGUGUCUGCAGCCGAAACGGAGGAAAUUGGCGUGGAAGGACUUGUGAAGUACUAUGUCAACGAGCCGAAUUUUCGGCAGUCGAUACACCAGAUUCACGAUCACAUUGAUAAUGUUCUUGCAAGCGAUCCGCUGAACUACGAGGGAUACGAUACACGCAUGUGACGGUGAACAAUGGAAGACGAGAAGCUUCAUUCUUACAUUUUUAUUGUGAGUUGAUUUUGUAUCAUGC